GGAAAACAGUCAUCAUGUCACAAUUCCUGUCACAAUUGCCUCCGCCCGCCCAUAAGCCCAGGGCCACACGCGUGCUCGUUCUUGCUCACAGGGAGGAGCUUAUCGCUCAAGCGGCGGCGAGGAUUCGCGAUGAUCAUCCACAUCUAUUAGUCGAUGUAGAGAUAGGGAAGAGUAUAUCACAUCCGGAUGCAGAUGUGGUUGUUG